CGUCGACUUCUCGAGCUCGUCACCAGGGUCGCUACUUUUGCUCCCUUGAACCGAGUUUUCGGGUCUGGCGUGGCAGGGACACGUGGGGCCGUAACAAGCCCCGGGAGUCUGAAUCUCUGGGGAAUAAACAUGGGAUAAAUGAUGCGGUUGUUGGGUGUAAUUCAUGGGUAUUCUAGUAUUCUAGACAGCUCGCUUUACCUCCCUUUACCGCCGAUAUCCGGGCUAGAAAAUGAACUUCACCACCCUGGAAGAAAAAGCAGCAUUCACAAGCAAACUCAUCUACCAGGAAUGCGACAGCCAGUACGGAAACCUGAAGAAGCGCGAGCCCACCCGGGCGCAGGCGCUCGAGGCACUCUCCUGGCUGCUGGACCGGUUCGUCGACGUCGAUGCCCACGACAAGCCACGUCAGAUCGAAGCCGAGCUCGCCGUCCACCACAGCCCUGAGCACAUGCCGCCCGGGGACGACGUCCGCGAGGGCAACAGGAAUUACCGGUUCAGGAAGGAGAUCCAGGCGGUCAGGGCUCUAUGCGAGACGUCGGCCCGCAUCGUGGUCAGCGCGCUCGAGGCCGCGGUGGACUUGCAGUCGCGGCUGAUGCCAGAGGAGGCCACAUGGGCGGCGACGACGGACCGCCCCGACGACGACCUCGCGGCCGACCUGGUCAGCCUGAUGGGCUACGUGCGCGAGGUCAUCGACCGCUGGAAGCCGACGGUGGACAAGCGCGAGUACAACGGCCACAUGGCGGGCGCCAUCGGCAGGCGGCGGGCGAGGGCGGCGCACCUGCGGUGGUGCGGGCGCAUCUUCGCCGCCAUCUGCAGCAUGGUCUGGCCCAGCGAGGCCGAGGAGUGGUGCAACGAGAUCCGGUCAGUGUUUGAUCAAGACCUAGAGCAGUUUGCCGUGACGUUUGUCAUGGACGGGCAGCCGACUUAUCGGCGCGUUGAGCUGAAUCCACAUCAGCUCCCUGGGAUCAAAAAGUCUCUGGUCAUUCUGCUGAAGGCGCGUCGUCUCAGGGGUAACACCCAGAAGGCGUGACAACUCUUUUUAUUUUAUUCAUUUCCUUGCAUAGCGCAUAAGACUUGUGCCCAUUUUUAGCAUGGAUUUUAUGAAGACUUUGUUAUUCGG